AGUGGUAAGCGGCGCGGCGGCGGCGCCGGCGGUGAGGCGGUGAGUCGGUGACGCAGCACCCGCGCCCGCGCGCUGCUUCACCGCGGGAGUGCUCGUGUGCCGGCUCGGGCUCGACACCGAGCGCCGCACCUCAUUGCAGCCGGCUCCCUCGUAUAAAGCGGAGGCCCGCGCCGCCCGCGCGCAGUCACGACCCGACCACGCUCAGUGCACUUCGACCUCCGCACGUGCAUAUAUCCUUACUUACUUACGUACGAUAUAGUGACUACAGUGAAAAUGGCAGAACAGGAAUGGGGAUACACAGGCGAGAAUGGGCCCUCGACGUGGACAGAGAAGUUCCCGGAGGCGCGGGGCGCGCGGCAGAGCCCCGUGGACAUCGACACCUCGCUGGCCAGCAGCGGUGGCAGCGCCCCGCCUCUGGCAUGGCGGUACUCCGUCAACCAUACGCGCUCCGUCCUCAAUCCGGGGUACUGCUGGAGGGUGGAUGAGAAUGGAUUUGAUUCUGAACUCCGCGGCGGCCCGCUCGGAAAUGACGUUUACAAGCUGGAACAGUGGCAUUGCCACUGGGGCGCAAAAAACGGCGUGGGUUCGGAGCACACGGUGGACGGCCGUUCCUUCUCCGGCGAGCUGCAUCUCGUGCACUGGAACACCACCAAGUACAACAGCUUCACCGAGGCCGCUGGACAGGCUGACGGGCUCGCUGUGCUUGGCGUGCUCUUGAUGGUCGGCAGAAAGCACUCGGAACUAGACAAGGUGGUGCGCCUCCUCCCCUUCAUCCGACACAAGGGCGACAAGGUGACGAUGUCGGACCCGCUGGACCCGGCGCAGCUGCUGCCGGCGCGCGCCGCCUACUGGACGUACCCCGGCUCGCUGACCACGCCGCCGUGCACCGAGUGCGUCACCUGGAUCCUGUUUAAGGAGCCCGUUGAGGUCUCCGCUGAACAGUUGGCUCUGAUGCGGAAAUUACGGUGCGGUGAGGCGUCGUGCGGAGAAGAAUCCAUGGAGUUACUCCACAACUUCAGACCGACGCUGCCGCUGGGCAACCGCGAGCUGCGCGACUACGGCGGCAACUAGCACCGGGCCCCGAGCCGCCCCACUGUCCGCACUGACAGCUAGCGCUGCAACUCACGAGCUUCGCCUAUAGUUGCCGCGGUACCAACGGACGACCGAGGAUAUAAUGUCAUUCUUUCACUCUUGGAUUAUCAUGUACAAGUGCGAAAGAACAACGUCGAACGGCAGCUAGUACCGCGGCGGUUGGUAGAUACCAGCAGUGCCAUGCCCGCGAGAUGCGGGAUGCACCAGAGUUCCUAGUUGCACACAAGUAUUUACCGUUGUAUUAUUAUUAGUCGCCUCAGGUACUUACAGGGUGUUUUGUCCGCUCGGUGACGACGGAUUACAUGAGCGGGUCGAAGGUUAAAACGAUAAGUGGGAAUCAUAUUAUGAACAUUCAAGUGCCUUAGGCUAUCAGUUGUAAUCUUAACAAAAUAAUUGUAAGACGUUUUAGAAUUCUCAUUUUAUGUAAGAUUGAUUUGUUUGUAAUUGACCUUCCUUAGAAGGAAAACGCUUGGUUAGCGCAAUUAACCAUAUAAAUUAUAAUAAUAUUACUUUAUGUAUUUAGUAUACUUAC